AUGAAUUUCGUGACGUUCAACCAGGACUACAGCUGUUUGGCGGUGGGGACGUCCAAAGGCUUUCGGAUAUACCAUACAGACCCCUUCGCGAAGAUCUUCAGCAGCGACGAUGGAAAUGUUGCAAUCAUUGAGAUGUUGUUUUCUACGUCGUUGGUUGCGCUCAUACUGUCUCCAAGACGCCUGGUGAUCCAGAACACCAAACGAUCUUCGACAAUCUGCGAGCUCACAUUUCCCUCAGCCGUUCUCGCCGUCAGGUUAAACCGAAAACGACUUGCUGUGGUUUUGGAAGAGGAGAUAUAUUUGUAUGAUAUUGCAAACAUGACUCUCCUAUACACGAUUGCAACAUCACCCAACCCUAAUGCAAUCUGCGCGCUGGCUCCAUCAUCGGACAAGUGCUACGUUGCAUAUCCUUUACCAAAACCGAGGGAAGAUACAGGAGAUAAGCGACCAUCGCAUGCGCCACCACUCUCAACGUACGUCGCACCGACGUCUGGGGAAGUUCUGAUAUUUGAUGCAAUCAAGCUGGAGGCAUUGAAUGUCGUGGAGGCACAUCGUGCCCCUUUGUCAUGCAUUGCUCUUAAUAAUGAUGGGACUCUACUUGCGACAGCCUCGGAGACUGGAACGAUCAUCAGGGUGUUCGCCCUUCCAAGUGGAACGAAGCUAUACCAGUUUCGAAGAGGUACAUAUCCCUCGACCAUCUACAGCAUGUCUUUCAAUCUGAACUCGACUUUGCUUUGCGUCUCUUCCACGACGGAUACGGUGCAUAUUUUCCGGUUGGGCCCUCCCGCGGCAUCGCAACCUGUUUCAUCAAAAUCCGACAAUAGAAGAUGGAGUCGCGCACUUAGCUACGACAGUGGUGCGGAAUCCCCCACCCCUGGAACCUCGCCUGGCAGCGAAGUGGCGGAUAGCCCGGCCAUAGCAAGGAAGUCAAGUGGUACUCUUGGGAGCAUGAUCAGAAGGUCAUCACAAAUGAUGGGGAAGACUGUCGCUGGAGCUGUAGGGGGGUAUCUACCCCAAGCCGUAACAGAGAUGUGGGAACCCAUGAGGGAUUUCGCAUUCAUCAGGUUGCCCAAGAGUGGUACGGGAAACAACUCCACAGGUGGUCCGCUUCGAAGCGUUGUGGCUAUGAGCAACAGCAGUCCUCAGGUAAUGGUAGUCACUAGCGACGGGGGUUUCUAUAUUUUUAGCAUUGAUAUGGAAAAUGGCGGCGAAGGGGUUCUGGUGAAGCGGUAUUCUGUUCUUGAAGGGGAUGAUAGGCUGGAUCAGUCGGCAAUUGAUUAUAAUAACUAAGAGGAUUGCGAAGGUUCACAUUCAUCUCUUGGCAUCGAGUGGUAAUUUUUGCGAAGAAGGGGGGAGGGGGCUCUUGCUUGAUUACGAAUUCCGUACCUGCAUCAUCAGUCGGCGUUCUUGCAGCAGCUUGGUAUAGGUAUGAGGCGUUGGUCAUUGUUUGGAGGUAGAACUAGCCCAGGAUAGUGCUGGCCCUUGAACGAUUUGAUAUAUUUUGGGGAGCCUUGCUCAUGUGAAGCAGAACCCCCACCUCAAGUUAGUACAGCAAUAGACAUGAGAGAGGCCUCGUCUCCCUCGCAUCCGAAACAUGGCUCUUCUGGAC